AACAGAGAGUUAUUCUGAAUAUCUCAGCUAAAAUAGCGUAAGUUGUCAGCCCGGUUUGUCCGAGAAAGGGGAUGAGGACUACACAGCCCAUUAGCGUGCGAAUGUGUUACACUUCAAGUGGCCAGUCACAAAGAGGAUGACGUAGAUGCACUAUGCACUCGUGUCAUUGUUUCCUAGAAUCCAGUCUCCAGGCAACUGCAGACUCCUUCAUCACGCCUGGCGCACAUGCUACUGUGCUGAGGUUGCAUUCCUAAGAGCAGUAGAGGCAGGAAGAGGCCAAGAAGGGGCCACUGCCCUGGGCUUUCAGUUCCCAGCCUUGCCCAGGGAGCUCAAGCACAAGGGAACCCCAACACGAGCUGUCAGCAGCACAGGCCCAGAGGCAGCUCAGGCUUGCUUGGCUCUGCUCCCGUCCAGGAGCACUCAAGAAUGGACUCAAGAAUGGAAAGAAUGCCCCGAUUAUAUUUCUGCUGGAGAAAACAGCUGUUACUUUAACUCAUCUUAUACCUCCAUCUGGAUACCCUACUGUAUCAGGCUAACCAACAAUGGGGGUACCGUGGAUCAAAAGUGUUUCUCUGUUGAGGAAAUAGUGCAACCCGAUCCACCCGUUGCCCUCAACUGGACUUUACUGAACAUCAGUUUAACGGGGAUUCACGCGGAUAUCCAGGUGAGAUGGGAGCCGCCACCCAACGCGGAUGUGCAGAAGGGGUGGAUAGUCCUGGAAUACGAACUGCAGUACAAGGAAGUAAAUGAGACUCAGUGGAAAAUGAUGGACCCUGUGUUGUCAACUUCACUCCCAGUGUACUCGCUGAGACUGGAUAAAGAGUAUGAAAUACGUGUGAGAUCCAGACAACGAAAUUCUGAAAAAUAUGGCGAGUUCAGUGAGAUGCUCUAUGUCACACUUCCUCAGAUGAGCCCAUUUGCAUGUGAAGAAGAUCUCCAAUUUCCAUGGUUCUUAAUUAUUAUCUUUGGGAUAUUUGGACUAACAGUCAUAUUAUUUGUAUUCAUAUUUUCUAAACAGCAAAGGAUUAAGAUGCUGAUUCUGCCUCCUGUUCCAGUUCCAAAGAUUAAAGGAAUUGAUCCAGAUCUCCUCAAGGAAGGAAAAUUAGAAGAGGUGAACACGAUCUUAGCUAUCCAUGAUACCUAUAAGCCUGAUCUCUACAAUGAUGACUCCUGGGUUGAAUUCAUUGAGCUAGAUAUUGAUGAUCCUGAUGAAAAGACAGAAGGAUCAGACACAGACAGACUUAUAAGCAACGACCACCAGAAAUCACUUCAUAUCCUUGGGGCAAAGGAUGAUGACUCUGGGCGUACCAGCUGCUAUGAACCUGACAUUCUGGAGACUGAUUUCAAUGUGAGUGACCUGUGUGAUGGUACCUCAGAGGUGCCUCAGCCUCAAAGGUUAAAAGGGGAAGCAGAUCUCUUGUGCCUUGACCAGAAGAAUCAAAAUAACUCACCUUCUAAUGAUGCUCCCCACUAUACUCAGCAGCCCAGUGUUAGCCCAACACAGGAAAACAAACCAAGACCACUUCUCAUUGGUGGAACUGAGUCCGCUCCUCAAGCUUCCCAUAGUCAGCUAAGCAAUCUGAGUUCACUGGCAAAUAUCGACUUUUAUGCCCAGGUAAGCGACAUUACACCAGCAGGGAGUGUGGUCCUUUCCCCGGGCCAAAAGAAUAAGGCAGGGAUCUCCCAGUGCGAUGCACAUCCAGAAGCAGUCUCACGCUGCCAAGCAAACUUCAUCAUGGACAACGCCUACUUCUGUGAGGCAGAUGCCAAAAAGUGCAUCACCAUGGCCCCUCACAUGGAUUCUGAAACACGGGGAGAGCCAAGCUUUAACCAGGAAGACAUUUAUAUCACCACAGAAAGCCUUACCACUACUGCUGGCAGGUCUGGGACAGCAGAACGUGCUCCGGGUUCUGAAAUGCCUGUCCCAGACUACACCUCCAUUCAUAUAGUACAGUCUCCCCAAGGUCUGGUCCUCAACGCCACUGCCUUGCCCUUGCCUGACAAAGAAUUUCUCUCCUCAUGUGGCUACGUGAGCACAGACCAGCUGAACAAAAUAAUGCCGUAGCUUUCUUGGAUUCCCCAUGAACUGCAAAUAUACUGGCAAAGAGUUGACUGGGGCAUGAAAUGCUUAAACCAAAACAAUGUUUAAACCUGAGGGGCUGGGAGUGGGGGGAUCGGGAGGGGAAGUGGAUUCUAAAUGCCUUUUCCUGAAAUGUUGAAACCAUGAUAUUAAAAAGAAGAAGAUGACAACUUAAUCAGAUAGGUAUUCCUGUUGUGAAUUGUAAAUAUUUUAAAGAAUUGUCUCAAAGACUGUUUAGUGGCAGCAAUUGUCUUGUUAUCGUGGGUGUUAAUUUUGUGAUACUAAGCAUUGAAUAGCUAUGUUUUUAAUGUGUAGUAAAUCAUGCUUUUUGAAAAAGCGAAAUAUCAGGUGGCUUUUGCAGUUCAGGAAAAUUGAAUGCAAAUCAUAGCACAGCCAGAUUUUUUUUUUUUUAAUGAUUGGGUACUAAAAUUAUAGGUAAGAAGACAAAAAAAAUAGUUUGGAUAUAAAAAGCACUUAUUUUGACAUAAAAUCGAUAAAAUAUUUUUAAUAAUUUACACUUCAAGCAUGGCUAUUUUAUAUUACACUGCACACUGUGUACUGUAGUUCAGGAGGACCCAUCUAAAGAAUGUAGCAACUACAGUCUGAAGCUUGGUCAGUGCAUCUGAAGCAAAACAAAGAAGCAAAUUAGUUUUUUACAAGGCUCCUUUUAUACCUCCCCAAACAUCUUGAAUCUCAAAUGAUUGUAGUUACCUGCAUUGUUAGAACAUGCUUAUCUUAUCUGAAUGUUUAAACAAAUAUGUGUUCAUUUAGAAAACAAAGUGUUUGCACACAAAUCAACUUACCAUAAACCAAAAGAAAUAAACAAGCAAAAAACCCCUUUUUUACCCAAAGUUUGGUUCAUGUCAGACAACUUACAAAGUAAGAGAAAUAGAAAUGAGAGCUGGUUUGUCUUGCCCAGUAUGCGGAAGUCCCAAGGCCGCACCUGCAGUGAGUGUUCAGCACCCACACAUCAUCAGCACCUUGCAGCCGUGUGGCUUCCAACAUGACUUUGUCUAUCUCAGUUACCUAGAAAGGGACUAGGGCACAAGCAGCACUUUGUAAGUUGGAGCAGACAACAUGAAGUUAACCCGAUAAUGGAACAAAAAGGUCAAAAAUGGGCUUUUCUUUCACAGCCUACUGCCAGACACAUCAUCAUUAUUCAUGGUACCAAGAAACCGAAGAAACAAGAUUUUAAAUCCCCACAGACAGCUCAACAUUUACUUAAACCAAUAGCAGAAACUCUCUUCCCCACCCAAUCUUUUAUAGACUGUAUUUGAAGUAGUAGAAGCUUCAUCAGUUUUUGUUUCCCCUCUGAGUGGAUUGGCCUCAAAGCAGGAAGUUGGGGGGAAAAAAAGAAGAGGCCUAAGUAAUUUACACAUUAUUUUCUAAUCCCAUAAUAACAUAAACAUCAUUCUUAGGAGCAUUUAUAGCUCCCCAAAAGGUAUAUUAAAAAGAGAAGAACCUCCAUCUCACUGAAGAAUGCUUCUCAGUUGAAGUAUUUCUUUUUGAAAGGCUUAAAUAAGAUGUUAAAGUUAGCUUUGACUUAGUGUUUGCCAUUUAGCUCAGACCUUUUUAGGAAACAAGCUUGAUGGUUGCUAAUUUUAAAUUCCCUGUUUCUUGUAAGAAGGGCCGUAAAAACACUAGAAGUUGGUGUUUAAAGUUCAACACAUUACUUUGUCAUAGAUGUUUAAUAGAUUUUCUGCUACCUUGCUGCUAUGGUUUUCUCUAAAAGCUACAUAAUUUACUUUCAUAUAAAAUUUCAUCGAUGUGGAACCUAAUUCAACUUAAAAUUGUGUGUUUGGGAAAACUCUUAUAUUUCACAAUAGACUGACAACAUUUCAAUAGCCAAAAAUAGCUAAAUACCUCAAUCAGUCUCCGAAUGUCAUUUUGGUACUUUGCUGGCCACACAAGCCAUUAUUCACUAGUAUGACUAGUUGUGUCCUGCAGUUUCUAUUUAACUUUCUUUAUGUCUGUGGAUUUUUUUCCUUCAAAGUUUAAUAAAUUUAUUUUCUUGGAUUCAUGAUGGCAUGCUUCUCUUGUCAA